AUGUAUGAAGGAGAUCCAAUAACGGAUCUUAAUCAACAAGAUCAACAACAGCAACAACCAACGAAUGAAUCUACAGAUUCAGAAAACAAUUCACCAUUAACUUAUCAAUCAAGUACUAAAACAGUUUCACAAGAACAACCACCAACUCAAUUAAAAAGCAGGAAUUCAUUUAGAUCUCCAGCUGAUUCGUCAAAUUUGAUAAUAUCAAAUGAAACAAGUAGUAAUAGUGAUAAAAUUAUCGAUGAUCAAAUUCCACAGCCUCCAAUUUCAAAUUCACCACCUCAAUAUAAUGAAUCACAGCUAAAGACUAAUGAGUUGAAUCUACUAAAAACAAAUAUUGCAUAUACAGACUUAAUUACCUACCCUUAUAAAACAUUAAAUAGAAUAUUAGAUGAUAUAAAAUGGUCAAUACCAAUGUUACAUAAAUUCAAUUAUAGUCUAUUAAAUAACAAACCAAUUGAUUACUCAAAUGAGUUACAGAAUUUGGUGAAUAUUAGUCAUCAUAAUGAUCAAACUUGGAUUUUAAAUGAGAAAAUUGAUUUCAGUCCUUCAACAGAAACUUUUCAAAUAGAUCAAACUAAUCAAACAGUAACAAUACUUAGAGGUUUGAUAACGAGUAAAUCUAGACCAGACCAAAUAAAUCAUUUUAGAAUUAUAAUAUUAGAAAAUGUAUCAAAUCCUUUUGCAAUCGAUACAUUUGAUAAACUUCAAUACCAUUUAAUUCCAAAAAAAUUAAUUACUGAACAUGAUUUAGAUUUAAUGUGGGAUAAUUUCAACGAAAGUGAUCAAAUUUUGGACGAUUCAUACUACAAAAGUGCAAACUCACCAAACAAUCAAAUAUUAAGAGUUUCAAUUUUUAAGCCAGAAUUUGAUCAAGAAGAAGAUUUUAAACCAUUAAUUGAUGAAACAAUAAUAAAAGAAAGGUAUUUAUCAUAUAUUGAACGUCAUCCGGAUUUGUCAAAAGAUGUUAUACCCACUUCUGUAAAUUGUUUCCAGACUUUGAUCAAGGUUUUAAAAGGACCUUUAACUUUUGAUGGUCCUCAAAGAACAAUAAGUUUAAAAGGUACUGCAAUGGAAACCUCAAUUGAUGUAAAUUUACUACUUAAUAAGUUAUCAUUUACAUUAAGUCAAGAUAAAGAACAAGUCAUCCCACCGCAUCUCAAUGAACUACCACUGUUGAAAGAAUCAUUUAAAAGAAAACUGAUGGAGUUGAUAUUUUUUGCAUCAAGAUUAUUAAAAGAUGACACCAAUAGCUUUCAUCAAUACUCAUUUUCAGACAACAUGAUCCAAGUGUUUUCGAGAAUACCUGAAUGUGAUAAAAAUACAAGUAUCAACAACUUCAACAGUAAUUACUCAAACAGAUUUCAAUAUUUCAUAGCAUUAAGUGCAUCAGCAUAUUUCAUAGAUGAUAUAAUUAUAAAAUGCUUUGAGCACUCUAUAAGGUCAGACCCAUCUAAUCGUUUAUAUUACAUUGAUUAUCUAAAAGAUGCAAGUAAUUUUUUCCAAUACAAUUCACAAACCUCAAAAUUAAAAUCAUAUAUUAACAAAUGUCAACAACUGGAAAAUUUCUUUGGUUUCAAGGAUUAUCAACAAUCUUUAAAAGAUAUUGGAUAUCCUAUAGGAAAUACAGUUCAAGAUGAUGUUUUAAUUGCUAUGUAUAAGGAUGCAUAUAAAAAUGAUCCAAAGAAUUAUCAAUACUAUCAAAAUCAUCUAAAAAGAAUUGCAAUUGCAUUGAAUUCUGAUACUUUAAAGGAGUUUUUAGCAUAUGAGAUAAUACCAAUGAAUUUAGCAAUUAGUGAAUUAGGUAUAGAAGAAAUAACUGAAGAUGAGGUUGUUAUUACUGCAUUUGAAUUUAAAGUUGAUGAUAUAAUGACACAAAAUAUGAAUCCAAAUUCUAGUGAAAUUAUAAUGUUGAAUAAAUCUUUAACAUCUAUUGCAAUAAAUAGAAGAAGUAAUUUAUUGUUGAAUUACUUAGAAAUAAAGUACCCAGAUUAUGUUAAGAUUCCGGACUUGAAAAAAUAUACAAUACAAAAAUCAUAUGAAACUUUGAAUUCAACUGACAAAACGUCAGCAUUUGAAAUUAUAAAUCAAUUCCAAACAAAGUUAUUAUCAAAUGAAGUGGAUAUCAGAGUUUUGAGACAUUGUUUACGAUCAAUUGGAGAAGAUAAAAAGUCAGAAAUUUUACUAAGCUUUUUGAAAACUGGUAAAAUUGAUUCUUCAUUAUUACCACCAGAAAAUUGGCCAGCUGGGUUGGACAAUAUUGGUAAUACAUGUUAUUUAAAUUCUUUAUUACAAUACUACUUUUGUAUCAAGCCAUUAAGAGAAUUAAUUUUAAAUUUUGAUGCUGAUAAUUUUAAUUUGGAUGAAGUUGAUGAAAAUAGAAAAAUUGGUGGUAGGAAAGUUGAAAAGCUGGAAAUUUUAAGGUCGAAUCAAUUUGUUUAUCAAUUACAAAAUUUAUUUAAACAAAUGAUACAUACUGAUAAAAGAUGUGUUCAACCAAGUAAAGAGUUAGCAUAUUUAUCAUUUUUGCCAUUGUCACAACCAGUCAAUUUUAAAGAAAAAGAACCAAAGAAAUCAGAAGUUAUUGAGAUUGUAGAUAGUGAUGUUGAAAUUGUUGAGAAUAAUGAUAACAAUGGAAUAGUAGAGGAAGAAACAAUAAUUGACAUUGAUAAUGAAGAUGAAGAUAUGAAAGAUUCAAUUGAUCCUCCAGUACAUAUUGAAACUCAUACAGUUGAACCACAAGAUUUGAUUGAAGAAAAAUUUAUUGAAAAAGUUGAAACUAAUAAUGAAGAGGAAGCACCAGCACCACCACCAGAAAAUACAAAAUUAUUACCAAUAUCUACUGAUCAAAUGGAAAGUACAAUCGAAUUAGGCCGACAGCAAGAUGUUACUGAAUGUAUUGAAAAUGUUGUAUUUCAAAUUGAAUCUGCAUUACCACCAGACCAUAUAGACAAAGACGAUGGUGAACAAAUUGAUCUAAUUAAGAAAUUAUUUUAUGGUAAAACAAAACAAACAAUUCAACCAAUUGAUAAACCAGACUCAAUAAGAGAGUCAACUGAAAGAUUCAAUAGUUUGAUUAUAAAUGUAAGUGAUCAUCCAAAAUCCAUCUAUGAUGCAUUAGAUAAUUAUUUUAAUGAAGAUUUAGUUAAAUUGGAGGAAGGUUUGGUGAAAAAAUCAAUCACCAUAACUGAAUUACCAGAAAUUAUGCAGUUUCAUGUCCAAAGAGUUAUGUUUGAUAGAGAAAAAUUGAUGGCUUAUAAAAGUAUUGAACCAAUUCCAUUCAGUUCAGAAAUAUAUCUUGAUAGAUACUUAGAUACGAAAGAUGAGGUAAUUAUAAAUAAGCGAUCAGAAGUGUUUAAUUGGAAAAAUCAAAUUAAUGAAUUAACCAAAGAGAAAAAUGAAAUUUUACAGAAAGAUGAAACCACAUCAUUGACUAUAAUUGAUACUUUGAUCGUAACAAAGAAGUAUUUAGAAAAUAAAAUUAUUCAAGAUGAUAAAUUAUCGAUUGAAUUAACUACAUUACAAGUCAUAUCCGAUGAAAUUUCAAAUUUGCAAAAUCAAUUAGUUAAAAUCGACUCCAAAAUCAAUUUCAUACAACAAAAAAUAUCAAAUCAAUUCAAUGACUAUCAUAAAAUCGGAUAUUCAAUUUUUGCAAUUUUCAUACACAGAGGAGAAGCAAGUUAUGGUCAUUAUUGGAUAUAUAUUAAAGAUCCAUAUCAAAAUAAUGUUUUUAGAAAGUAUAAUGAUGAAAUUAUAACAGAAGUUCAGGAUUCUGAAGUUUUUAACUUUUUAGAAUCAAAUACUGCUACACCUUAUUAUAUAGUUUAUGUUAAAGAAGAUUUAGAAAAGGAAUACAUCAACCCAUUAAAUAGAGUUAUAGAAAAAUGUGGAUAG